AGUGCUGUAAAUGAGUAGUAUAUAUAGACAUUGAAUCUAUGAUUCUAAUUAGUAUUUUCAUUAUUGUGUGAACAUACUGCCAUACUGCUAUUUUGCAAGAAACAAUUGAGUUUACUUACAAGUUCAGUUCACUGACAAUUGCCUUUACGAGACAUUAAAGACUACGUAUCUUUAAACUUCUGAACUUCAUCUAGGCAUCAUGACAUCCACUGAUACAAAAUCAAUUUCACCAACAAAUUCCUUGAAUGUUGGACAAAAUUUUAAGUAUCAAGUAUUUAGUGAUAACACAGAUGGCAUAUCCAUUGUGAAUACUUCACCUGGGUCAACUACAACCGAUAAAAAGAAUCAACUAUGGGAACGUGUAAAUAAUAUGAAAACAUCGCUAGUUGAUUCGGUACAACGUAAAAUCCCAGUACAUCGUACAAAUCAAUUCAAUGAUGCAUUUAAACGUUUUCAAUAUUUAUUUUCAAUAAUUGGACCAAUUCUAUUAUUUAUCAUGUUUAUCUUAGUAUUGAUUUAUUGGAAACGUGCACAAAAUGAAUUGUGGAAAAGUCAAAAUCAAUGUUACACUAAAGAAUGUCUAAUCUCUUCCAGUUCCAUUGUAUCACAUAUGAAUAAAACCAUAUCACCAUGUGAAAAUUUUUUUCAAUAUGCUUGUGGUUCCUAUUAUACACCAUUUCAUCCAGAUCAAACUGCUGAACAACCAUCUAUACAAGCGCAUCGUGUUGUAGCCAGUGCUUUCGGUAAAGAUACAAUACAAGAUUAUUUUAAAACUGGACGAAAUCGUCGUUUGUUACGAUUUGAUCGACCAAUGAUUGAACAUCUCAAUGAAAUCAAUGUACAUGCUAUUAUUAAUUCAUUACGUAAUAUUUUUGAAAAUACACAUGGAGAACCAAAUUCAGCAAAAUAUAAAGUUGCAAAAUUUUAUGAUUCAUGUUCUUCAACUUCAUUAAGAAAUUGGCUUGGUGCACAUCCAUUGAUGGAGAAAAUUGCACCACUACUCAAUGGAGUAUGGUUAUUCGAUAGAAAUGCAUCCAAUGAAACUGGUGCUAAUCUUGUCAAUCAAACAUCUGAAUGGCCAAAACGUUUAUUUUAUGAUAAACAUUUAACUGAAGAAUUACGCAUGGAAAAAGGUUGGUCAUGGAUGGAUUCAGUUAAACAUUUACAAGUUCAUUUGAAUGUACCAAUAUUUGCUGAUUUUCAUAUAUACUCAAGUCCAGAAAAUAAACCACGAAUAUAUCUGUCCCCUGAUCCUGUAGCGAUGGGUCAUUUAUCUGAAUAUAUGAUUGAAACAUAUGUCAGUGAUAUGCUUGAAGUAUUAGCCAAAGAUGCUGGUAUUCCGUAUGGAAAUGAAGAAUACAAAGAACGUAUGAGAAUAUUUUCGGAAGAUUUAAAAUUAGUAUCAAAAGAAAUGAAAAAGAUUUAUUUAAGUAAAUCUCCAUCGAAAUGGUCACAAAAAUAUAAACUUGGCGAUUUAAAUGUCAAUGGAAAUGCAUACGAUUGGUCUGGUUUAUUAAGUGAUUAUUUUGACGAGACUUAUACUGUCUUUGAUUCCGAUUAUCCUGUUUAUACGCGAUAUUUAGAUUAUUUACAAAAAUUUCCUAUAUUAAUUGAUACUAUAAAAAGAAAUUUUACAAAACCUGUUGCUGAUCGCAUCAUGAAUAAUUACAUGUUUUGGACUGUACUAGAUAGGUAUACAUGGCAUCUAUCUUAUGAAUAUUACAUGUUACACUUAUCAUACAGUUAUAACAGUGAACAUAUUAUGGAAUUAGAAUGCUUUUUUGUAACACAUGAACUAUUCGAAACUGUUUUGGGAGCAAUUUAUGCUGAAAAACAUAUACAUAAUGAAACAGAAAAAGAGGUAGAAAAAAUGACAAAAUUUUUAAGAACUAGUCUAAAAAAUCAUUUAGAUCAAAUCUCAUGGAUGGAUGAACAAACUAGAAAAGAUGUAAAUGAACGAAUUAAUAAAAUGAAAAUUCUAUUCAAAGUUCCAGAAAUUAUGCUCAAUGAUAACAAACUGAAUUAUGCAUAUCGAACGCUAAAAGUUUCAUAUAAUUAUCUAGAAAAUAUAUUCUCAGCUGUUCAAUAUCUUCGUAGUGUGUAUAAUCGUCUAUUAUCUGGUGUAACUGAAACAAGUGAAGAAAAUUGGAGUUCACGUGAUGUGAUGAUUUAUGAUUCACAUGUAGCUUUACAUUUACUGUUAGAUGAAGUAUUUGUACCACCUGGAAUGCUUCAAUUACCAAUAUUUCAUCAUAAUUUACCAGCUGCUUUCAAUUUCGGCGGUUUAGGAUCGUUAGUUGGUACUGCUAUUGGUGUCUUAGUUGGAGAAUAUGGAUCCGUGAUGAUGAAAAACGGUGAAAUCAAAUCACUUUGGACAUCUGAAACAAUUCGUCAAUAUCAAGAACAAAAAAAAUGUGUUCAAGAUCAGCUUUACAAUGCAUCAAGAAUUUAUUUCAACUUUUCUGAUUUUGUUAUGUCAUCAGUGACUAAGGAUAUCAAGAAAGUGACACGUGCAACUAUUCAUGAAGCCUCUGGAUUAGACAUUGCUCGAUCUUGUAAAGAAAAAACCAAAAUUAAACGAUAA